AUGACUGAAGGUUCAAAUAGGAAUCAAUUAAACAAAUUUAAAUUUGUAUUUCUUGGUGAGCAAUCUGUUGGAAAAACUUCAAUUAUUACAAGGUUUAUGUAUGAUACAUUCGAUAAUAACUACCAAGCUACAAUAGGUAUUGACUUUCUAAGUAAAACAUUGUACUUAGAAGAUAGGACAAUCCGUUUACAGUUAUGGGAUACUGCUGGUCAAGAAAGGUUUAGAAGCUUAAUACCAAGUUAUAUUCGGGAUUCAUCUGUUGCAGUCGUUGUCUAUGAUAUUACUAAUAGAUCAACUUAUUUGAAUACAACAAAGUGGAUUGAAGAUGUACGUAAUGAACGUGGUAAAGAUGUUAUUAUUGCACUUGUUGGAAAUAAGGCAGAUUUGGAUGAUAAGAGACAAGUCAGGUAUGAUGAAGGCGAGAAAUUAGCUAACGAUAAUGAUAUCAUAUUUAUUGAAACUAGCGCUAAAAAUGGUUACAAUAUAAAAUCAAUUUUCAGGAAAUUAGCAUCUACUUUACCAACUCUAGAAAGUAAAUUAGAUCAUUCCAAUACUAAGAGCUCAUCUAAUGCUAACGAUAAUUCAAAUAGUACAGGCAAGAAUGUUGAGCUUCGUCUUGGAGAUGAAAAUAGCCGUUUUAAUUAUAAAGGUUGUAUUUGUUAG